CAUCAAACCAGCCGACUGGUAGUUACUACUUCUACUAUAUAGUUAAAAAUGGUGAAACGUAAGAAUAUUAAGGCUCAAGAGCUUGAUUUACGUGUUUCUAAGGCAAUUGAAGGAGUUAGGUUAGGAAAAUUUAAAUCAGCAAAUGCUGCAGCAAUUGCUCUAGGCCUACACCCUAAUACUGUCCUUAAGCGUCUAAGAGGUGGCUCUACGCAACGUGAGGCGCGACAACAACAACAGCUCCUGUCAAAAAAUCAAGAGCAAACGCUCUUAAAGUGGAUUAAGGAGCUUACUGCAAGCGGCUACGCUCCUAGCCAUUGGAUAUUACGAGAGGUUGCAGAUGAAGUCCGGUCAAAUAAGUGUCGCGUUUUUCAGCCUCAACUACAACAACAGCAACAACAAACACAACAAACACAACAACCUCAACAACCUCAACCUCAAAUACCUAACUUACCUCUUGGGCAAGAGUGGGUUCCACAAUUCAUUCAAAGGCAUCCUAACUUACGUGUUAAGUUAGGACGUAGAGUUGAAGCACAAAGGAUGAAUGGGGUCACAAAGUAGGUGUUAAGGGGGUGGUUUGACGCGUACGAGAGCCUUAUAACAGAGCUAAAAAUCGAAAACUACAACACCUAUAAUAUAGAUGAAACUGGAUUUUCGAUUAGAACUAUGCAAUCUACACGAAUUAUAGUCGAUUCUACACUCUGUACACGUUUUCAAGCUCAUCCUAGCCAACAGGAAUGGGUGUCUGCUGUUAAAUGCAUUUGCAUAGACAGAACAGCUAUCGACCCCCUUAUUAUUUUUAAAGGACAGAACAUACUACAGAGCUAGAUUCCAAAGGAGG